GCCGCUUGGACCACAAGCCCCAGAGGGCCCUGCGGCCCCGGCCUCUUCCCUCGACCCUCCUGCCGACCCUGCUGUGUGUUUUCUUCCCUAGACCGAGGGGAGGGGAGCAAAGCAGCGUUUUUCGGAGCAGGAGUGGUGAACAAUGUCAGAAGAACCACCACCUCCAUAUCCUGGGGGGCCUUCUGCUCCAUUACUUGAAGAGAAACCAGGACAGCCACCAUCAACAGUGCAUAUGCCACCUACUACUCAAACCCAUGGAUAUUCCAUCCCACCAGAUGGUGGACCACCACCUUAUGAGCCAAUGGCACAACCAGGAUUUGUACCCCUCCACACACCAGCAGAAGGUGGUAUGCCCACGCCACCGCAUGGUUUCUACCCAACAGCUGGACAUUACCCACCGCCAGGCCAUUAUGUACCCCCAGGUCACUAUCCUCCCCCUCCUGGACACUAUGUUCCUCAAAGUGGACAAACAGCAACUGUUAUAGUCCCCCCAGGUGCUGCAACAACAGUGACGGUGCUGCAAGGGGAGAUGUUUCAAGCUGCACCAGUGCAGACCAUGUGCCCUCACUGUCAGCAGACUAUCACAACUAAGAUCACUUAUGAAGUCGGCUUACUGAAUACCUUGUUCUGCCUCUUCUGCUGUUUUGUGGGGUGUGAUUUGGGCUGCUGCUUAAUCCCCUGCUUGAUAGAUGAUCUGAAGGAUGUGAUUCACACUUGUCCAAAUUGUAAAGCUUACAUAUACACAUAUAAGCGGGUAUGCUAACAAACAUCCUGAUCCUGUCUGAGAAGCCUUGGAAUAAGUUUAAAAUGGCCAACUCAAAUUGUUCACUCUUUAGUUCAAUUUAAAUGUUACAAUCUAAAUGAUUGUGAUAUUACAGCACAUACUGUGCUGUAUUUACAAGCAAACUGUGAAUGCCUUACUUGCAGAACAUAUUAUUUUGAAAAAUUUUACGUAUGUAUAAUUUUGUGUAAACAGUAUAAAUGUCACACCCAACUUAAAAUAUCUUUCCAACUUUUGAAGUUCUCUAUACAGCAAAACCUGUGCAUAGUUAUCUUUAAGAUGGUGAUUGGUUUUGAAUCAUUAGUAUUUUAUAUAUGCAUAUUUGGUCAAUUGUGCUGAUGGUGUUAAGAACUAGGGGAAAAUAACUAACUGGUUCCAUCCCAAAAUGUUGCACCAAUGAUAUUUUUGUGAUGCAUUGUUUAUUUUUCAAUAUGCAAUUUGAUAAAUCAUUAAUAUGUUGUGUAGAAAUUAUCACAGGCUUAUGGCUGUAUACUUGAAACCCCAGGGAAAAUAUAACUUUAUCUUGUUCCUAAAGCCUCUUGAUGGCAUCAUAUGCAUGAACCUGUUUCGUAAUAUUAUUUGCAUUUGCAUCCUAAUGAAAAUUUUAGUUUUAUUUAGAAACCCAUCCUGGUACAGAUCUCUUAAAAACAACACUUUGAAGUUGGUAUGUAGAUUAUUGAGAAGGGUACCGUAGGAACAAUGAAGGUGUGAUUUAGAAGGCAGUAUUUAAUUUUGAAGUAAAAUAUUUUGCUAAAAUGUGAAUUUAAUACUUGUCAGUUGAUAACUUGCAAUCUGGCAACUAUGAACUAUUGUUUAAGAGUCUAAACUGUGACAAGUGACUUUGACUGUAAUGUUGCAAAGAUAGUCGUCAUUUUUAGCCCAAAUGGUGGCGCUUGUACAGCAGCCUUUCUAAAAAUUGUUUGAAAGACUAAUUAUGCAGAUUUUGUGGAUCAAUAAAGACUUUGAGGUUUUGUCUGUUACAGUACAGAACUGUACCAGGAUUUCAUGUUAUUUAUAGUAACAUUUUGAAUCAUUGUACAGUGCAGAAAUCUUGGCUAUAUAUUCAGAAUGUAAAUGUAAUAUUAUACUGCUUGUGUAAUUUUUGGCAGCUUGCAAAUGCCUUUGCUGAGAACUUAAAUGCAGCAUAUGUGAAUCUCCCACUUUGCUCCAGUAUAAUUGCAGAGAAUUGUUACAAAAUGUAUUCUGCUUUUGAAAGCACAUGAAGGCAAUGCAAGAAUUUAAUAGAAAAUGUAUUUAUCUUUAAAUAGUAGUUAUUAGAGCCCAUGUGUGGCCAGUCUUUCUUCCAGUACUUUGUUUUAAUGUGCCUGUUAUUUAUCCAUAACCUUAGCAUUAAAGGUAAUCAGUAUUAUGUGGCUCUUUUUGACAGUUAAAGAAACAAAUUAUUUUAGAUAUCAGCAAUGUUUCAACCAGUCCUGGUGUCUCAAUUUAGAUUACUAACACACACACUCACUCACACUCUCUCUCCCUCUCUCUCUCUUCCUCCUUAGAAGGUUGGACAUUUUAAGAAACCUUAUUACCUUUAUAAUGACCAGUGGCAAUGACUAGAUAUGUAAACCUUACCUUUUUUUUCCAAGUCAUCAAAUGAAACUUCAUGUAGUUGUUCUCCAAUUCUGUUUGGUCAAUUGAAGUGCAUCACUCUGAAAGGAUGCCAUACAGGUUAUCUACUAGAGGUGGGGAAGCAGUACUUUUUUGUUAGGCCACUUUUCAUUUGUGAAUGCACUUAUGAAAUCUUUUGGUUGUGAUGAGACAAAACAUCUGUCUAUUUAACCCAAAUGUUAGUCCUCCUGAUAUCACUGAUUUGUUGGAGACUACACAGAUUUUAAUUAAUUAUCCAUACUGUAUUAUAUUUUAAAUCUUUCACAAAGAUGCUGCCUAGAUAACUAAAACAUUCCUUAAAGGUUAAUUUAAUCAUGUAUCUUAUUUUUUGUUUUGAGUUUAAGAAUUCCACUUAACUAUUACUUUCCUUUUGCAUUUAAAAUACACCUAGUAAUACAAUUAAAUCCACAAACACAUGGUAAUUUGCCUUGCACGAAUUCCUGUCUUUUUAAAGACAUUCAAAGCUAAUGUGAAUAAUUUACUUGCCUUCAUUGCCUUUCACAUAGCACAAGCUGGGAAAAAUGAUUGGUUAUAUAAUAAAUUACCUGAUUGGAGUUGAAAUCUUAAACCUCUUUUUGUAUCUGAUCUCCUUUUUAGUGUUUUAAGUGAUUAUAUGGACAUGUUUGCAAAUCUGUUCCAGAGGCAUUCUUUGUGAAAUUGCCACUUUUUUCAAUUAAAACAAAGUUCUUGCUGGAAAUAUCUUGAUGGCUAUUUUCUGUAACUCUAACCACUAUUGGUUGAGACAGCUUGUGUGCAACCUGAUUAAACAUUCCUACAAUGUACAUGCAUUAUCUUGUGUCAAAAUGGCUAUAUACAAGUUGGAGAUUAAUAAAUGCUAA